GGGCAUCGCCCCGGGACUCCUCACAUAAAUGCGCUCGCUUGGCUUGUCAGCCUUGUCUAUCUCUAUCAAAAUAUCAUAUAAUUGAUAUUCAUACCUCCGGGCAGAUCUUGGCUAGAGAAGGGGAAAAAUGGCCACUAACUUGCACGUUCAUCCACUGUUCCUCCUUUGUUUUCUGUUUUCCUUGGCCAUUAUCGCCCAAUCUUCUGAGAAAGAUUGCGUGUAUACAGUGUAUGUCCGAACAGGAAAGAUAAUCAAGGGAGGGACGGACUCGGUCAUCAGCCUGGAGCUAUACAAUGCAAACGAAUCGUAUGUGAGCAUCCCGAACCUGGAGAAGUGGGGAGGCAUAAUGAAGUCGGGUCACAACUACUUCGAGAGGGGGAACCUCGACAUCUUUAGCGGACGGGGACGUUGCCUCUCUAAUCCAGUGUGCGCCAUGAAACUCAGCUCCGAUGGCUCCGGCUCACACCACGGUUGGUACUGCAACUAUGUGGAGGUAACAUCCACCGGUCCCCUCUAUAAAUGCUCCCAGCAGCUCUUCACCGUCGAGCAGUGGCUGGCGCUUGACACCGAACCCUACCAGCUCACCACCUUCCGAAGUAACUGCCCCACUCCCACUCCCACCAAAGUUGCCACUAAUUAAUUAUUUAACCCCAAGAAGACCACAUGAUGAUCACUCCUUUCUACAAAUCCAUCGUUAGAUCAAAUAAACCUGCAUUAUCAUGCUUCUUAGUAAUUAUAAUCUGUGAUUGUGAAUGAGGUUUUAGACUUUUAGUAGUGGAAAUACAGACAUGAUGAUCACUUGAUCAGAUCAGUUUGUAUGCGUAGUAAUUUAAUAUAUAAUAUGUGCUUAUUGUGAGUUUUCUCUUU